AAAAAUGUAUUCAGAAGCUAAAAGUUUUGUUUCCCAUGGAUAAUUUCUUCUGUCCUUUCAAGUGUAUAACUGUACUUUUUGGUUUUACUACUUAAUUGUCCCACGAUAGUAGAGACAUCAGCCUCUCUAGCCUUCAAAGUAAAUCAUUAAAUAAUACACUGUGAAUCGAUACAACACGCAAUAAAGAGAUAAACUGGAAAUUCCUAAUUAUGGACAUAACUAUACGUCAGCCUUCCUCAACGUCAGCCUCAACCGCCGCCUAUGCCUGGAAGCGCUGCCUCCGCCACGCCUUUGGAUUUUUGCAUCCUUUUCUCAAGCUCUGACUCCGCCCUCCUGAGCCCUAUAUAACCGACAGAGGGACCAUCCGCUGGCAGUCCAGACUGAAAGUCAGUAAAACAGUUACUAAUCCUACGAGCUGAGCGCAUGAUGACUGGUGACCAGCGCUUUGCAAUCAGUGUCCGCAUCAUUGGAGCCGUCCAUCGGGACUCACCAAAACUCAAGAUGUUCAUGAUAUCUGUGUUAUGGUCUGAUGAGACUGAAGUGAUUGUCUACAGGUCCUUCCAGGAUUUCAAAAAAUUUCAUAGGCAGCUGAAAAAGAGGUUCCCUAACAUGAACCCAUUGCGGAAAAAUGACAGAGUGAUCCCUAAAUUCAGGGGGAAAGCCAGGAGGAGCAGCCUCACGCAGAAAGGACCCAAGCGAUCUGUCCAACGGAUGAAGUUCCUGGAGAGCUACUGCGACCUGCUGCUGAAGUGUGACCAAACCGUGACCCAGAGCUCAGAGCUCACACAGUUCUUUAUGCCCAAAGACUAUGACCUGCAGCCAGAUUUCACCAAGAACAGCGUCAUGAUCCUGCUGUCGGAUGAUCUGCCUGAAGGUUCAGGUGGAGGAGGAGGGGAUGUUACCCGCCAGCAUGCAGGCAGCGUCACCCACCCGUUCGUCACCCAGACUUACCGCUGCGUGGCCACUUAUGAGACAAAGGACACCAAGAAUCGCCCAUUUAAAGUUGCCCUGGAUGAGAAACUAGAUGUCCUGAUCAAGGAUCCUGCAGGCUGGUGGCUGGUAGAGAAUGAGGAUAAGCGUCUGGCUUGGUUUCCUGCUCCCUACCUGGAGUUAUGGGAAGGAGAGGAAGAUGAUGACACCGAGUUCCAGCUGGGAGGUGCCCUGUACUGUGCUGUGAAGAGUUACUCGACUAAGAAGGAUGACGAGGUGUCUGUGUCCAUUGGCUCUGUGGUUGAAGUGCUGAGGAAGUCUGACAAUGGCUGGUGGCUCAUCAGAUUCAAUGGCAAGGCAGGUUACAUACCCUCCAUGUACCUGCAACCAUACAACAACCCUCGUGCAGGCCUCUACAGCUUGCAGAGAAAGCUGCAUAGCUCCACCCUGAACCUGCUUACCAGCACAGAACCUCAGGCUUCUUAUCCACACAGCACCACUGAAGACAACAGCACACCACAAGACUCUGCAGGUCAGUCCAGAGGUGAUGCGAAUGUGUCUGGGCGUCUCCAAAAAGCCAGAUCCCUUGAUGUUCUCUCUGAGACCCGGUCUCAGACUGCUCUGCCCGCCCAGGCUGAGCAAGACACCACAACAUCAGAAAGUCGCGCUCGCAGCAUGAGCAGCACAAGCACAGAGUCCAGCUUCUCCAGCUUCUCCUCAGGCAGUGAAUCGUCCUCAAGUUCAAAUGGAAAAGUGCAGCGCCAGAAGCGCACUGGCCGACCUGCAGCCUCACACCAGUCUAAUGUCAGCGACAGUGGGAGCAGCAGCCCCGAUCUGAGCCUCUCUGACCGCCGCAGCUCCAACACUAGUUCUGUCAGCACUGGAUCUUCCUCAGUCACUCCCAGGAUGCCACCCAGACCCAAGACUGAGGAGAUCCUGACCCGCUGCACCACUAUUACCCGCAAGGCAGCUCUGGCCACCAAAACCCAGAUCCCGCCGGAGACCAUCCACAGCCGUUAAAGAAUUAGAGGCUAAAACUUUACAUUACAAAUACUGAAGAUAGUCUCUUUGCUGAAGUCUUUUUGGUUGAUUCAUGUAAAUAGUUAACCUUUUAACUCCACAGAUCUUUUCAUGGGUCUAUCAAUCAAAUGUGUUUUAUGCAGCAUUUUUCGUUUAAAUUUUUGUCAUACCAAUGGUCGCAAGUAAACCAGACUUGAGAAGAGAGAUGUAUACUGAAUUAUGCCACACUUUUUCAUCAGAACAAAUGGAGCGUUAAAGAUGGCAUCUUAGAUUUGAAUAUUUCACUCAGUAUAAGCAUUAUGUAGCUUCAAUGAAGCGUUAGAAGGAACAGGUGCAAGAAAAUUGUAUGUGAUAUUGUCAUACAGUAGUAGAGAAAUAUUUUUUUCUAAUUUUGAAACCAAUUAAGGGGAAGUUUAAGUGGAUUAUUGGAGUUCAAGAGGUUAAAUAUUUGCUGAAAUCAGUGCAUGGCUGCAGGGUGAUGAAAGAUGAAAAAGAUAAUAUAUAAUUGAAUUAUCAUAUAUUUUCUUUGCUAUGUCAUUUUAUGUCAUUUAACUACUUUGGUAUUUUAACAGGUAUAUACUUUAUGUAAAUUGAUUCUCAAUGUAAAUGAACUUUCAGCAGGUCAGUCGUUUGUAUACAGCCGCAGGAUUAAUGACAGCAGCAAAGAAUGCAUCACUGAAUACUCUGAAAACCAGUGUGAAAGCCUUAAGAUCAAUUAGCAAAUCAGGUUACUGAAAUAUGAUGGUGUGGUAAACAAGCUGUCAGCAAACAAAGAGAGAUGACUUCAGAAUGAUGUGUCAGAACUGCUCUUAAUUAAUGAUAUGUAUUAUUGUAUGCAUAUGUUGCUGUCCUUUCCUUCACUACAUUAUAAACUUUAUGAGUUCACAAUGCUGUAUCACAGUGUGUAAGUUUA